UGUAAAGUAUACUCGGUUGGGUCUGGUGGGUGUGGCCCCUCCCUAUCUUUCUUCCCCACAUAAUAAUAGAAAGGCAGAGAAUACUCAGGUGAAAAAGAGGCAAGAAUCAUCAAGAAGACAAGAACACACACACAUAGUAAGAGAGAGAGGGAGACUCAAUGGAGAAAGUGAAUCAAACAUUCUUCUUAUCUCACGGAACUCCCAGGUUGAGCAUAGACGACAGCUUGGAGGCCAGAGACUUCUUCAAAUCAUGGUCCCACAAAGUUUUUCAACACAAACCCAAAUCUAUUCUAGUCAUCUCUGCACACUGGGACACCGAGUUCCCAUCCGUCAACACUGUUCUCCGUAAUACAACCAUCCACGACUUCAAUGGUUUCCCUGAGCCUAUGUACAAGCUGAAGUAUGAAGCACCAGGAGCUAUUGAACUCGGAAAGAGGGUUAAAGAACUGCUAAUGGUAGGAGGAGGAAUGAAGCGUGUUGAUGAAGAUACAAAUAGAGGACUUGAUCAUGGAGCUUGGAUUCCUCUUAUGCUGAUGUACCCAGAGGCGGAUAUACCCGUUUGCCAGCUCUCUGUUCAGUCAUCUCAAAAUGGGAGUUACCAUUACAACAUGGGCAAAUCAUUGGCUCCACUGAAAGCGGAAGGUGUUCUUAUCAUUGGCUCUGGAAGUGCUACUCAUAACUUGAGCAAGCGCGGCUAUAACGUCUUUACUGACUCUUCGGUUUCUUGGGCUUUAGAGUUUGAUCUUUGGCUCAGAGACUCUCUCCUUCAAGGAAGAUAUGGAGAUGUGAAUGAUUGGGAUGAGAAAGCUCCGAACCCUAGAAUGGCGCAUCCAUGGCCUGAGCAUUUGUACCCGUUACACGUUGCAAUGGGUGCGGCAGGUGAUGAUGCAAAGGCAGAGCAAAUCCACACAAGCUGGACAAGUACUUUGUCUUAUUCUUCUUAUAGAUUCACUUCUUCCCUCUGAAACACUUCAUUCACUUGUUGCGUCUCUUCUCUUAAUAAGCUUUUGUGUAUUUCACUUCUCUUUAAUUAUCCAUAUGUAUCAAAAUACAACUCCUUCAUUGAAUAAUUUCGAUUCUCUA